AUCGGUGCCGGUGCGCGCGCGCGUGCGUUCUGUGCAGUAGACCCUCGCCAUGCGCCGGCGCGCGCUGCUCCAGGUGUUGUUCUCCGCCGCGGGGACGCUGCUCGCGCUCGGGCCGGCGCGCGCGUACUUCCCGGAGGAGCGCUCGAGCGCCGAGUCUCCGCUGCAGGCUCCGCGCGUGCUGCUCGCGCUGGUGUGCCGCAACUCGGAGCACUCUCUCCCGCACGUGCUGGGCGCCAUCGAGCGCCUGCGGUACCCUAAAGAGCGCACCGCUGUGUGGGUGGCGACGGACCACAAUGCGGACAACACGACAGCCAUCCUGCGCGAGUGGCUCACUAAAGUGCAGACUCUGUACCACUAUGUGGAGUGGAGACCGCAGGAGGAGCCCAGAGAGUAUGAAGACGAGGACGGGCCGAAGCACUGGACCGAUCCGCGCUACGAGCACGUGAUGAAGCUACGACAAGCAGCACUGGACACGGCCAGGCAGAUGUGGGCCGACUACUUCCUGUUAGUGGACUGUGAUAACCUUCUCACUAACCCUGACGUCCUCUGGAAGCUGAUAAAAGAAAAUAAAACCAUUGUGGCACCGAUGAUGGACUCCAGAGCUGCGUACUCCAACUUCUGGUGUGGAAUGACCUCUCAGGGCUACUACAAGCGCACACCAGACUACAUGCCCAUAAGGCGUCAGGACAGGCGUGGCUGCUUCCCCGUCCCCAUGGUCCACUCCACCUUCCUGCUGGAUCUCAGGAAACAAGCAUCCAGAGAGCUGGCCUUCUACCCACCUCACCCCGAAUACACCUGGGCCUUUGAUGAUGUCAUCAUCUUCGCCUUCUUCGCCCGUAUGGCAGAUGUUCAGAUGUACCUGUGUAACCGUGAGACUUACGGCCACCUCCCCGUCCCUCUGCACACCCGUAAUUCCCUACGGGACGAAGCCGAUAACUUCCUGCACACUCUGCUCGAGGUCAUGGUGAAAGGUUCUCCGGUGGAACCCUCGGCCCAUCUCUCCGUCCCCCCGAAACAACCUGAUAAACUGGGCUUUGAUGAGGUUUUCAUGAUUAACCUCCUGAGGCGUUUGGAUCGGAGAGAGAGGAUGCUGAGGACUCUGUGGGAGCAGGAGAUCAGCUGCAAGAUCAUAAACGCUGUGGACGGCAAGGUGUUAAACGACACUCAGAUCCAGGCGUUGGGGAUCAGCAUGUUGCCGGGUUACAGUGACCCGUAUCAUGGCAGGCCGCUCACUAAAGGAGAACUCGGCUGUUUCCUGUCUCACUACAACAUCUGGACUGAGAUAGCAGAACGAGGACUUCAGAGGUCUCUGGUUAUAGAAGACGAUCUGCGUUUCGAGCCGUUCUUUAAGAGGAGACUGCAGAAACUGAUGAAGGACGUUGAGGCAGAACAACUCGACUGGGAUUUAAUUUACAUCGGGAGGAAGAGGAUGCAAGUGGACGAGCCGGAGAAACCGGUUCCUAACAUCCGCAACCUGGUCGAAGCCGACUAUUCCUACUGGACCCUGGGCUACAUGAUCUCGCUACAGGGAGUCAAUAAGCUGCUGAGGGCGGAGCCUCUGAAAAAAGUGCUUCCUGUAGACGAGUUCCUGCCGGUCAUGUACAACAAGCACCCAGUGGAGGACUACAUGUCUCACUACGAGGUGAGGGAUCUCCGGGCGUUCUCCGUUGAGCCGUUACUCGUCUACCCCACGCACUACACGGGCGACCCGGGCUACAUCAGUGACACCGAGACCUCCACCGUGUGGAACAACGAGAAAGUAACCACCGACUGGGACAGAGAGCGAGCACAGAAGAACCGCGGCAUGCACUCACACGCUACCUCAGACCUCUGACACCAGGGGAGCAGGGAGACUUCUGCAACUUUCUUCUCACCACUGGGUGGUGCUAUUGAGUGCACAAAGACAGGAGUGUGUGAUGACGAGGAACAAAUUCCACCUCAAGAACCAAAUCGAUGUAGCAUAAGAACAAUGUAGCCGAGGAAAAGAGAUGUUGCUCUGGAAAGCACAAACUGUUUACUUUGAAAGGAAUCUUGUCGGGUAACUAGCUAGCUUGCUAGCCAGAAGUGUUUUUAUUAUUACCAGCUAAAGGCGAAAUGGGACAGUUUUAACAAUUCCAGUUGUUUAAAUAAAAAUGGUUUAAAUGCGGUGGAUGUGGUCAUGCGGUGGUGGUAAUAUUUCAGAUAUUUUAAAGCAGAACAACAUUUUAAAUAUAUUUACACAGUGUUUGAUGUCUGAAAUUCCUUCCAGAUUAAAGUAGCCAAUAAGGAAAUAAAGAGCCUCAGAGCCUCUAGUUUAUAAUUUCACCUUAAACCGUAAUGUCUGACUCUGUAAUCUCUUGGUUGCAUGUCCGUUUUCCUAGCGCAGUGGUGAGGAACCGAACUUCAGACAUUUAACAUGUUCUGGUUGAUCCACUGUGUUUGGUUUAUAAUGUUUUGUAACAUAACUAAGCCUACAUUCACAUGACAAGCCAUGUUGCUCAAUUCUGAUUUUUUUUUUUUUGGUCAGAUCAGAUUUUCAUGUUCAUAAUGACACAUGAUUUUUAUCUGACUCUAAUAUGGACAUGUCUGUCCUCAAAAAUGGUACGCAUGUACAAAUCAAUACUUCUUUAAAACCCUCUAUAUUUGUGCAACGCUGGAAUGAACAAUAGAUGCACUUUUAACAGAAAUAUAUAUGGGGGUUUCGGUCUGGAGGAUGGCGAGGAAUUCUACAUUGAGGUCUAGAGGGAGAAAGAAAGCCAGAUGUCUCGCUUUAGCUGUUUAAGCAGCUGUUGCUAGCAUUGCUACAUUGCUGGUCUUGACUGAUGACAGUCACAUGAAUUCCGAUCUGACCGAUCUCAUUUACUUUACAUUACAUGAACACUUCUUCUUUGUCUUUCGGCCACAGCGAGUUAUCUGCCUCCAUCUAACCCUAUCCUCUGCUUCCUCUUCUCUCACACCAACUAACUUCAUGUCCUCUCUUACUGCAUCCAUAAAUCUGCUCUUUGGUCUUCCUCUACACCUCCUGCCUGGCAGCUCCAACCUUCUACCGAUAUAUUCACUAUCUCUCCUCUGAACAUGUCCAAACCACCUCAAUCUGUCCUCUCUGGGAGGGUCUGAUUCCUCCUCUCCACUUACUUUAGAUGCACACAUGUACACACACACACAGCAUCUGCAUCCAUAAACGGAAACACUUAUCUGUAUGGAUUUAUUUUUUUACUUUUUUUAAAAGGUAAAGUGCAGGUUAAUUUGUUUUAUUGUGAUGUUUUUUUUUUUUGGG